UAUUUACUACUGCAACAGUGUUGCAAUCCAUUGCCAAUUUCAGUAGGAGUAUCUCUCAUUCGCGGCAUCUACUGCAUGCUCCUCUCCACCACCCUCGUCGCCGGCGAUCUACCUCGCCGGCCUGACUCCGCCGAGAUCGAGCGAUGAUGAUGAUGGUGCGUUGCGGCGGCGGGAGAGGCGGCUUGAUUCCGCGCUCGAGUGUCUACUGUUUUUUAUAGAUAGCAGACAAGAUCUUCUCCUGCGCUUCGACCACAGCAGCGAGCGAGAUGCCAUCCCUGCAGCUGCUGCAGUUGACGGAGCAUGGACGAGGACUCUUGGCAUCAAGAAGGAAAACUCUUGCGGUUGUUUCCGGUGCGCUGCUUGCCGGAGGAGCUUUGGCUUAUGCACGCUCAAGCCAAGGCCAACGGAGAAGGCGUUCAGAGGAGAAUUAUGGUGAUGAUGCCAGUGCAUUGGCGAGGAAUGGAGACAGGACGGCUCAAAAUGGUGUGGAUGGUAGAUUGGCCGGGACAAAGCGAAGGAAAGGUAGCCUGAGAUCUUUGCAUUUCCUUGCUGCCAUCCUACUGAAGAAGAUUGGACCAAAUGGCACCCGCUACCUUAUUGGCUUGAUGUUAACAGCGGUGUUGCGUACUGCUGUGGGGCAUAGACUAGCAAGAGUCCAAGGCUAUUUGUUUAGGGCAGCAUUUCUUCGGCGUGUUCCAACCUUUACACGCCUAAUCAUCGAAAAUCUAAUCCUAUGCUUUCUUCAAUCCACUGUAUACCAGACCUCAAAAUACUUAACAGGGUCUUUGAGUCUGCGUUUCAAGAAAAUUUUGACAGAUCUUGUCCAUGCUGAUUAUUUUCAGAAUAUGGUUUACUACAAAAUUUCACAUGUGGAUCAUCGAAUAUCAAACCCAGAGCAAAGGAUUGCUAGUGAUAUUCCAAAGUUCUGUUCUGAACUAAGUGAACUUGUACAGGAUGAUCUAGCUGCAGUCGCAGAAGGAUUAAUAUACACCUGGCGUCUAUGUUCUUAUGCAAGUCCAAAAUACAUGGCCUGGAUUGUGGCAUAUAUACUAGUAGCAGGUGGAGCAAUUAGAAAUUUCUCCCCUGCUUUUGGCAAGCUGAAAUCCAUGGAACAGCAACUAGAAGGAGAUUAUCGUCAACUUCAUUCACGAUUAAGAACUCACGCUGAGAGUGUGGCAUUUUAUGGUGGUGAGAGUAGAGAAGCACAUUAUAUUAUGCAGCGGUUCAAGGCUCUUAUUAGGCACCUGAAUCGUGUACUACAUGAGAACUGGUGGUUCGGCAUGAUUCAAGAUUUCUUUCUGAAGUAUUUUGGUGCAACUGUAGCAGUCGUCCUCAUUAUUGAACCUUUCUUCUCUGGCCACCUCAGACCUGAUUCAUCUACACUAGGAAGGGCUGAAAUGUUAAGUAAUCUUCGAUAUCACACAAGCGUGAUCAUAUCACUAUUUCAGUCUCUUGGGAUCCUAUCUAUAAGCACAAGACGCUUAAAUAUUCUAAGUGGAUAUGCAGACCGCAUUCGUGAGUUACUGGAUGUUUCACGCGAAUUGUCUGGCGUUCGUGAUAGAUCAUUAAAUCAUAAUUCCCCUGCUGGAAAUUAUAUCAGUGAAGCAAACCAUAUAGAAUUUUCAGGUGUUAAGGUGGUGACACCUGCUAACAAUGUCUUGGUUGAUGAUUUAACUCUGCGAGUAGAAAGGGGUUCUAAUCUUUUGAUCACUGGUCCGAAUGGUAGUGGAAAAAGCUCUCUUUUUCGGGUCCUUGGAGGCUUAUGGCCAUUAGUUUCUGGUCAUAUUGUCAAACCUGGUGUUGGCUCUGAUCUUAAUAAGGAAAUUUUCUAUGUCCCCCAAAGACCAUAUACAGCUGUUGGCACGCUUCGUGAACAGUUAAUUUAUCCUCUUACAGCAGAUCAGGAGACUGAACCCCUUAGCUAUGAUGGCAUGGUGGACCUUCUAAAGAAUGUUGAUUUGGAAUACCUGCUAGAACGCUAUCCUCUUGAUAAGGAAGUUAAUUGGGGUGAUGAGCUCUCCCUUGGUGAGCAACAAAGAUUAGGAAUGGCAAGGUUAUUCUACCAUAAACCAAAGUUCGCCAUCCUUGAUGAGUGUACUAGUGCUGUGACAAUUGAUAUGGAAGAACGUUUUUGCAAAAAGGUUCGAGCAAUGGGAACAUCAUGCAUAACAAUAUCUCAUCGCCCAGCUUUAGUUGCAUUUCACGAUAUAGUUUUGUCUUUGGAUGGUGAAGGAGGGUGGGAUGUCCAGCAUAGAAGGGAUGGCUCAUCAUUUUCUACUGAAGAGUCUGACUAUGCAUCAUUGGAAACUGAUCGUAAAUCUGAUGCGCUUACUGUUCAAAGGGCAUUUAUGGGCAGGGCAAAGAGCAACGCUUCAAAGACCAAGGAACAUUCUUACACUACAAAGGUUAUAGCAACUUCCCCCAGGUUGGAAAUAGAACAAACAGCACAAACACAUAAAGUUCCACAUUUACGAUGCUUCCCAAGACCUCUGCCUCCCAGAGUAGUUGCAAUGGUUAAAAUAUUGGUUCCUAAGCUAUUUGACAAACAAGGAGGACAAUUGCUUGCUGUUGCUCUACUUGUUUUCUCUCGAACUUGGAUUUCAGAUCGAAUUGCUUCACUGAAUGGGACAACUGUUAAGUUUGUCUUGGAGCAGGAUAAAGUUGCCUUUAUGCGUCUGAUUGGUAUCAGUAUUCUGCAAAGUGCAGCAAAUUCUUUUGUGGCCCCAUCUUUGAGAACCCUUACUGCCGGACUUGCCCUUGGAUGGCGAAUUCGCCUGACCAAUCAUUUGCUUCAAUACUAUUUGAAAAGAAAUGCAUUCUACAAGGUAUUCAACAUGUCAGGUAAAAGUAUUGAUGCAGAUCAAAGAUUGACACUUGAUGUGGAUAAGUUGACCACUGACCUUGCUGGUUUGGUUACUGGAAUGGUAAAACCACUUGUUGACAUCCUUUGGUUCACAUGGAGAAUGAAGCUUUUGUCUGGGCGAAGAGGAGUUGCUAUAUUGUAUGCAUACAUGCUGUUCGGUUUGGGCUUUCUGAGAGCUGUAUCCCCCGACUUUGGUCAUCUUGCAGGCCAAGAACAAGAACUCAAAGGAACUUUCAGGUUCAUGCACUCGAGACUGCGGACACACGCUGAAUCAAUUGCUUUCUUUGGUGGUGGAUCAAGAGAAAAAGCAAUGGUUGAGGCUAAAUUCAAGAAACUGCUUGACCACUCAAAGAUUCUGUUGAGGAAACAGUGGCUUUAUGGUAUUGUUGAUGAUUUUGUGACAAAGCAACUCCCUCACAAUGUAACAUGGGGUCUUAGUUUGUUAUAUGCUCUGGAGCACAAGGGUGACAGAGCUUUGACUUCAACUCAAGGUGAGCUGGCACAUGCUCUGCGGUUCUUGGCAUCUGUGGUGUCACAAAGCUUCAUAGCCUUUGGUGACAUUCUUGAGUUACAUAAAAAGUUCCUUGAACUUUCGGGUGGAAUAAACAGGAUAUUUGAGCUUGAGGAGCUUCUUCGUGUAGCUCAAAGGGAUACCGUUGCAUCUUCCGAUGUUGUUAGUGCAGCCUCAGAAGAAAUUAUUUCAUUUUAUGAAGUGGAUAUUGUAACACCAUCACGGAAACUAUUAGCUAGCAAGCUGUCAUGCAAUGUGCAACAAGGAAAAAGCCUUCUUCUGACUGGCCCCAAUGGUAGUGGAAAGAGUUCUAUUUUUAGAGUGCUCAGAGAUUUAUGGCCAGUGUCUUCAGGGAGAGUUACCAAACCCUCAGAUGGGAUGUUUCAUGUUCCGCAGCGUCCAUAUACCAGCCUGGGUACUCUGAGAGAUCAGAUCAUAUACCCUCUCUCGAGGGAGGAAGCAGAGAUGAAAAUUUCUUCAUUAUACAACUCUGGUAACAGGUCCAGUGCUUCUGAUCUGCUGGAUGAUCACCUGAAGACAAUUCUAGUGAAUGUUCGGCUGGUCUAUCUUUUGGAAAGAGAAGGGUGGGACUCAACUUCAAACUGGGAAGAUGUUUUAUCAUUGGGAGAACAGCAGAGGCUCGGAAUGGCUCGUUUGUUUUUCCACCAUCCUAAAUUUGGUAUCCUUGAUGAAUGCACGAAUGCUACAAGCGUUGAUGUUGAAGAGCAUUUGUACAAGCUAGCAACUAGCAUGGGCAUAACUGUGAUCACUUCCUCGCAAAGGCCAGCUUUGAUUCCCUUCCAUUCCUUGGAGUUGAAGCUCAUCGAUGGAGAAGGGAACUGGGAGUUAUGUGAGAUCCACCAAUGACCAGUCUGGAUUUCCUGGCAUUAGACUCCCCAGCUGCUGCUGCUGCUGAUGCUGCUUGUUGAUAUCAGGCUGCACUAGCAGUUUGUACAAUUGCAAAGCAGCUAUUGUGAGUGAGAAGUACAGGGUUGCAGUCUCAUUAUAUUUUUCUCAAGAAAGUAAGGACAUGGUCGGCUAUUUGACAUCAAAGAUGGCAUUGUAGUUUAGUUCAUACGAGGUAGGUGAUGGGAGUUGCAGGGAUGAGCAUAGAGAGAGGUGUUUGUUUUAGUAGUAGAUAAUAUCAUAAUAAUAAGGUGAUAGUACAGUACAGAUUUCCCAGACCUGUUAACCCAACCUAUUGUUGAUAUUUGAUUCGAUAAGUAAUAAUGUGGCUACCUGCUUUGCUGCCAUCAAGUUAUGGCAUGUAUGUAGAAACCAACUGUUAAAUCGUAUGUAAAUGCCAAGUGAUUCUUGAAGAUUCGGUUUGAAGCAACA